AUGGCCAACCACCGCGCCGACGAGAAGCGGUUCCUCGACGAACGAGGCUCAGGCGGUCCCCUCGCGCCGAAUGGCCUCAACCCCGCCACCAUCAUGGAAAAGCCCGUCCGCGAGCGCAUCAUUGACUGCUAUUUCUGGAAGGAUCAAUGUUUCGCCGUCAAUGAAGCAGAUAUCAUCAACCGCGUCGUCACACACGUAACUUUCAUCGGUGGAACCUAUGGCGAUGCCCAACGACCUUCGCCCUUCCUCUGUCUCGCCUUCAAAUUACUGCAGUUGGGUCCCAGCGAUGAGAUCCUGAGGGAAUAUCUCGAUUUUGGAGGAGAGAAAUUUAAAUAUUUGAGGGCGCUUGCCUGUUUUUAUAUAAGGAUGACGAGGAGUGCGAAGGACGUUUAUCUGUUCCUGGAACCUUAUUUGGAGGAUCGAAGAAAGUUGAAGAGGAAGACGAGGAUGGGCACUGCGCUUACUUUCAUGGACCAAUUUGUCGAUGAUUUGUUAACCAAGGAUAGAGUGUGUGCCACCACUCUGUGGAAGAUGCCCAAACGAGAAAUUCUGGAAGACUUGGAGGUUUUGGAACCGAGAAUUAGUCCCCUGGGAGAUAUUGAAGAUUUGUUGGAGAGUGAUGUCGAGGAGGCGAACGGAGAAGAGCGGGAUAAGAGUCCUGGGAGUGAGUUCGGUGAGGUUACGCCUGAGCCGGAGGCUAUGGAAGUUGAUAAGGGGGAUAAUGGAUCAUGA